UCUUUAACACCAUAUAUACAAAAACCUAGUCAUAUUUCAUUAAAAAAUAUAUAUCUUUCCGCCUAAAAAAUGAAAACUAUAGCAAUCUUGUUUUUUCUUAUUUCAGUUUCCUGGGGAACAGAAACCAGUGAAUUCGAAGCAUUCACAAAUGAUAUAGUUGAAGUAAAUUUAAAUGAAGUAAUUCCAAUUGAAUUGAAAGAAAAACUUCUACAAGGAAUUCUUACAGAUUAUGUUGAUAGUUUGAAAGAAUCGUACAGUGCUGAUGUUACAUCUUAUGCAAAUGAAAUUUUGGCUAAUGUUGGAGCAUUCAUAUUAGAACAAGGUUUAGAUCCUGUAUCGCUUCCUGAUGAAUCAAUAAAAGUUCUCACUAGCACAUUCCAUCUAACAGAAGGAUCAUUAGAAUCACUGUCUACUAUAGGCACCUAUGACAACGUUAUUGUAUAUUACAACUCAGAUACAAAAAUAUUAGACCUAACUCUACCAAUUAGCUUUGAAAAACUUGUGAUAAAAUACAAAUACAGAACUAAAGUUCUUUUGGUGACUGUUAAAGGAGAUGUAACAGCAAAAAUCACAGACGUUAAAGCGAAUUUAAAUCUUGGAUUUAACUUUAGUAGUUACCAAGUAUUUGCUGAAAAAGUCAACCUGAAACAUUCUGGAAAUAUACACAUUGAUAUUACUGGUUUGGGUGUUCUGGACUAUCUCUUGGAUGCUAUGACAACAGUAUUGACAACACUUUUCCAUAACCUCAUUUUGAAAAUAGUGGACAACGUUAUUGAUACACCAGUGCAGUCCAUCGUAACUGAUCUGAACAACAUAAUCAACAAUAUUCUUCAUCCAAAUUCCGGCAACAAUACUUUAUUUUAUUAGAUAAACGUGUGUUAUGUCUAUAGUAAAUUACAUUUACUAGGUCAUGCAUAGGCUACCAUCUGACUGUGACGCCAUUUUUGUUUGAUCAUACAGUAUAUUAUGACAAUAAAUCUGAGAUACCAAACUUCAAAACGAACGGUAUUGAUCAAACAGCACACAAAAAAAUAGUAUUUACGUUUGAUCAAUAUACAGGUCGUAAUAAAUUUUCUAAUUCUUG